AUGUAUCCGUCAUCAUCACGAAGUGAACUUGAAGUUAAUAGCACAGCAUCACAACUACCUACUUUGCUCACCAUACCUUCAACUGCCUACUUAUCACAGUCACAUUCAUCCAUAGACUAUCUACCGAACAGUUAUUCACCACCACCACAAGAUCCAGCAUAUCAAACAAACACCACCGCUACCACUACUACAGCCACAUCAAAGCAGCUUUUUCCGCAGAACAAGCCGAAGAAACGCAUUCAGGUACGAUGGAAUGUGUGUAACAAUUUCGUCCUGUGUUUUAUUCUUUUCUUUACAUUUUUUAUUGUUCUUUGUGUUUUCUCACCAUACAAAAUUGAGGCUGUACCGUGUCAUUCGAAUUCAAUAUGUGCUAAUUGCAAAACAACUGAAACAACAUUGUGGAGAAGAGCAAAAACUGGAGAAAUCGAAUGCAACGCAUGUAACUUGUAUUUUCGCAAGAACAAUACGAAGAGACCGAUGUCGUUGUGCAAGGACACAAUUAUGAAGAGGAAUCGGAAGCCACGUGCCGACACAUUAUCCACCGCGGCGAAACAUUCGGUAUCCGGAAGAUGA